GGACAACUGUCCCACGCGUCACCCCCCGGGGCAGCCCCGAGUGUCCCAUAACGCCCUGGGGCGGGGGGAUGGCCUUGACCGUCCUGGAGGGGGGACCGUCCUGCUUGGAGACGCGUGGGGACACCUCCAACGGCCCCUGAGCCACCUUGGGCUCAGGGACAGGAGGACACAGGGACAUCCCAGACUGUCCCCAAGCCACCGUGGGGCUGGGAGAACCUGAGAACGUCCCAGACCAUCUCAGGGGGACGUGGAGACAUCCCAGACUGUCCCCAAGCCACCGUGGGGGUUAGGGGACCUGGGGACAUCUCAGGCCAUCCCGGGGGGACAUGGAGACAUCCCAGACUGUCCCCAAGCCACCGUGGGGGUUAGGGGACCUGGGGACAUCUCAGACCAUCCCGGGGGGACAUGGAGACAUCCCAGACUCUCCCCAAGCCACCGUGGGGGUUAGGGGACCUGGGGACAUCUCGGGCCAUCCCGGGGGGACAUGGAGACAUCCCAGACUGUCCCCAAGCCACCAUGGGGAUUGAGAGGACCCAGGGAUGUCCUGGGCCAUCCUGGGGGGACCUGGAGACACCCUGGACUGUCCCCAAGCCACCGUGGGGGUCGGGGGGAUCUGGAGAUGUCCCAGACCAUCCUGGGGGGACAUGGGGACACUCUGGUCCCCAAAGGGCUCUCGAUGGGUUGGGGGGACCUGGGGACAUCCCAGAUCAUCCCGGGGGCCCACGGGGCCACCCCAGCCUGUCCCCAAGCCACCAGGCAGACCUGGGGACAGCUCGGACUUGGCUUGGGGACGCGGGGGGAGCGCGGCGCCGGGGGCGGAGCGGCCCCAAUCCCCUCCGGCAUCCGGCUAAUUCCCGCUAACGAGCUGCCGGCCUGGCCGCAUCCUGCCGGGGCGCUGGGCCCGCUCCUGUCCCCCUCCCCCGAGUCUCCGUGUCCCCCCAUCCCGUCUCCACGUCCCCCCAUCCCGUCUCCACGUCCCCCCAUCCCAUCUCCGUGUCCUCCUCCAUCUCCAUGCCCCCCCAUCCCAGCUCCAUGUCUUUCUUCAUCUCCAUGUCCUUCUCCAUCUCCCCCCAUCCCAUCUCUGUGUCCUUCUCCAUCUCUGUGUCCCCCCAUCCCAUCUCCAUGUCCUUCUCCAUCUCCAUCUCCGUGUCCCCACCCCCUCUCCGUGUCCCCCCACCCCAUCUCCGUUUCCCCACCCCAUCUCCAUGGCCUUCUCCAUCUCCGUGUCCUCCUCCAUGUCCACGUCCCCCCAUCCCAUUUCCAUGUUCUUCUCCAUCUCUGUGUCCCCUCACCCCAUCUCCAUGUCCUUCUUCAUCUCCAUGUCUCCCCACCUCAUCUGCAUGUCCCCCCCCAUCUCCAUGUCAUUCUCCAUUUCUGUUUCCCCACCCCAUCUUCAUGAUCUUCUCCAUCUCUCUGUCCCCCAUCCCCUUUCUGUGUCCUCUUCCAUGUCCACGUCCAUCUCUAUGUCCUCCCCCAUCUCCUUGUCCUACCAUCCCAUCUCCAUGUCCUUCUCCAUCUCCAUGUCCCCUCACCCCAUCUCCAUGUCCCCCUAUCCCCAUCUCUUUCUCCAUGUCCGUUUUCCCACCCCUUUUCCAUGUCCCCCCCACCCCAUCUCCGUGUUCUUCUCCAUCUCUGUGUCCUUCUCCAUCUCCAUGUCCUCCCACCCCAUCUCCACGUCCUUCUCCAUCUCCAUGUCCUCCCACCCCAUCUCCAUGUCCUCCUGCAUCUCCAUGUCCUCCCACCCCAUCUCCCUGUCCUUCUCCAUCUCCGUGUCCCCCCACCUCAUCUUCACGUCCUUCUCCAUCUCCCUGUCCCCCCACCCCAUCUCCAUGUCCUUCUCCAUCUCUAUGUCCCCACCCCAUCUCCAUGUCCCCCCACCCCAUCUCCAUGUCCUUCUCCAUCUCCAUGUCCCCACCCCAUCCCCGUGUCCCCCCACCCCACCUCCAUGACCUUCAUCUCCAUGUCCCCCAUCCCAUCUCCAUGUCCUCCUCCCUGUCCACGUCCACCCAUCCCAUCUCUGUGUCCUUCUUCAUCUCCAUGUCCCCCCACCCCAUCUCCAUGUCUUCCUCCAUCUCCAUGUCCCCACCCCAUCACCGUGUCCCCCCACCCCAUCUCCGUGUCCUUCUCCAUCUCCAUGUCCCCACCCCAUCCCCGGGUCCCCCCACCCCAUCUCCAUGUCCUCCCACCCCAUCUCCAUGUCCUCCUCCAUUUCCGUGUCCCCACCCCAUCUCCAUCUCCUCCCACCCCAUUUCCAUGUCCCCCCAUCCCAUCUCCGUGUCCUUCUCCAUCUCCGUGUCCUUCUCCAUCUCCAUGUCCCCCCACCCCAUCUCCGUGUCCUUCUCCAUCUCCAUGUCCCCCCACCCCAUCUCCAUGUCCUUCUCCAUCCCCGUGUCCUCCCACCCCAUCUCUGUGUUCCCCCCACCCCAUCUCCGUGUCCUCCUCCAUCUCCAUGUCCUCCCACCCCAUCUCCAUGUCCCCCCACCCCAUCUCUAUGUCCUCCUCCAUCUCCAUGUCCCCACCCCAUCACCGUGUCCCCCCACCCCAUCUCCAUGUCCUUCUCCAUCCCCGUGUCCUCCCACCCCAUCUCUGUGUCCCCCCACCCCAUCUCCGUGUCCUCCUCCAUCUCCAUGUCCUCCCACCCCAUCUCCAUGUCCUCCUCCAUUUCCGUGUCCCCCCACCCCAUCUCCAUGUCCUUCUCCAUCCCCGUGUCCCCCACCCCAUCUCCGUGUCCCCCCACCCCACCUCCGCGUCCCCGGGGCGGGGUGGCGGGUAGCCCGGGGCACCCCGUGGUGGUGGCGGCGGCGGGCCGCGGGCGGCGGGGAGGACAUCCGGCAGCGCCCGGACGCCUGGGCCCUC